CAACAACCCAACAUGCCAAGUAAUCUUAUAUAUAGAAGAGAAACAUUGUAUGUGGCCUCUAAGCCAUCAGACCAUAUCCGCAGACACAUCUGAUCUCGUCUUUCGAAUCUCUUCUUCACAUUUCUCUCACAACCAUGUCCAUGAGUGCUCAGGCAGAUCUGAUAUCGACUCUUCCGAACGAUCUUCUUGUUCGGAUUGUCUCAUGCUUGCCUUUCAAGGAAUGUGUUCGUACAAGCGUGCUGUCCAAGCGGUGGAGGCAUCAACAUCGUGACACAACAAACCUUGGUUUCAAGGAAUCCGAUUUCGUGAGCCCUUAUCUCCAAGGUCGUGCUAGAAUUGAUGCUAGGCAGCGCUUUGUUGACUUCGUGUUUGAAUGGGUCGAUAGAGUCCAACAUGGAGUCGUCGAAGGCUUCGAGAUCAGUCUCUCAAACCCGGUGGACUACUUGCAAGAGGUCCAGGCCCUGAUCGCGUUCGCCGUCCGGAAGCAAGUCAAGAACCUGGCUAUUGACUUCUCAAGCCAUGUUUGGAGGAGGACUGGCCGUGCGCCACGUGAUGAGGUCGUUGUUGAGGUGCCUCCAGGCGUUUACAACCUAACCAGUCUAGAGUCGUUGACGGUUAUCGGGUGCAAGGGGUUCGACCCCACGAGGUUCGCAGACCCGGGGAUAUUCAAAUCCCUCUCUCUCGGCUGGAUGAAAUUGUAUGAUCUCGACGAACUGCUAUCGAAGGCUUUUAGGCUUGAGACACUAAGCCUCAAUCAUUGCUGGGGGAUCUAUAUGAUGGACAUGGCAGGGGGUAUGAGGGAAGUUUCGAUUGAGAACUGCGACCUCCCUUACGUUUCUUUGUCCUUCGACCUGCCGAGAGUUGACAUCUUCAAGUACACAGGAGACAUCUUCUGUCUUCAGUUCGACAAGAUGAAUACGACCGUAAAAGAAAUUCACCUGGAUUUUCGGAAGUUGAUACGUCAGUGCGAUAAUCCCUCCAAAUCAAACAUAGCAGAAGGAGGAAUGAUUUGUGAUAUCCUUAAUGAUCUUAAGUCUCAUGUGACCUUAACGCUCUGCCCUUACCUCCUUCAGGUGAUUCCAGAAUCUAUCCAUCGGGAGCAUUUUCUGAGGCCGAUGAAGACAAAACAUUUGGUGCUGAAAACAUGGUUGAAUCCGAAAGAGUUCAAUGGGAUUAUGAUCCUUCUCAGUAAUUGCCCCGACCUGGAAACACUUACUUUCGACAUUCUUCCUCCAACCCCCUCCUCCAAGGCUCGGAAAAAUCCUCCUAGCUUCGAUCCCAAAACAUAUUGGAUGAAAAAGAUGAGAUGUAUUUGUCUGAUGAAGACACUUAAAGUCGUGGUGGUUAAGAACUUUGUUCGUGGCCGGGACGAUUUAAAUGUGCUCAAGUUUCUGAUUCGGUCCGGGGCUGUGUUGGAAAGGGUUGAGCUGUACGUGCCGUUUGGAGUGGACGAGGACAAAAAGAGGUUUGUUGAUGAAGGAGCCGAGAUGUUGCAGCGAAGUUCGAAGCAUGUUCAUGUGCCUUGUGCACAAUACUUGAGAAGGUGAAUCUUUUCAAGACUGUUUCACUAAUGGGUUUCGUUUCACCCAUUUAGUGAUGUCUUUUUUCGUUUUUAAUUCAGUUUGUUGAACUUUGAGUAUUGAUGUUUCCGGGUUGAGUACUCCGGUUUUGUUUGUUUUUGUUUGUUUGUUUGUUUGUUUUGUUUUAAUAAUACCCUCCGAAAAACUGAGGGCUCUGUGUAACAGAGAUAAUAUUUAUAAUAAUAUGUUUCGUGUAUGUUGAGAGAUCAACUACAUCGAUUCGAAACA